GGGGUUCGAGCAAUUGCCCUGUGACCACUCUUUCUUAUUGAUCACCUUCUCUUUCAUGUGAGCCCUUUCCCAUUAGCCCUCACCUUUGCCUGUGACUUACUUCAAUAGGUGCACCCAUUUAAAUACGCACCGUGCUUUCUCAUUUUUUUUGUCCUACCAAAAAGUUCACAUUUUCUCUGAGUUAGAAAAACCAAACUCUCGAAGGGAGAGAAAUAGAAAUUAGAUCAAACUCAUCAAGCUAGGUCCUAGCCAUGAAGGUUUUUGUCUGCCUUUCUCUCCUCCUCGUUAGCACUCUCGUUUUCCUUCCGGCAGUCAUGCCUGCAAGGCACAUUCUGCGGCAACACUCACAUCAUAGCCACCAUCAUGCAACUCUACCUGGCACAAGAGAUGGGGAGAAGGUGAACCCUAAUGUUUAUGGAGAGAGAAGGCCGGUGCCGCCGGUGAAGCACCGGAGAGCGGACCCUUUCCAAAUUGCCGGGUCGGCGCUGCCGGAUUGCUCCCAUGCCUGUGGCUCGUGCUCGCCGUGUCGACUAGUCACGGUCAGCUUCGUUUGUGCAUCACUUGCCGAGGCGGAGACAUGUCCCAUGGCUUACAAAUGCAUGUGUAACAACAAGUCUUAUCCUGUUCCAUGAGAGGGGAAUUGAAAUUUUCUUAAUCUUUUAUUUUAGUGGUCAUCUGUAAAUUAAUUAAGAAGCUAGUUUGAUCGAUCUAGGCAAUCUUUUAAUUUCUUUCCAAUUUCUACUUGGAAUUUUCUUUGUAAUUUUAUCAAGGCAAUCUAUGUGUAAUCAAAGAGUUAAUUUUUGGUUUCU